CAGCCCAUGCUCCAUAAAUACCCCAAAUGUCCACACAGUCCAGACACUGGGCUGGGUGCCAGGACUCAGAUGAAUCUAUCUUCACCCCUGCCCUCAGGGACUUUGAAGUCUCUUGGGGAGAAAACCAACCAAUUGAAAUAACUCCAACCAGUACUCUAGUCAACAGUGCACAGAGCUUUGGGAGCCCACAGGGGAAGUGAGCAGAAGAGAAGGCACCACUUGAGCUGGGCCUUAAACAUGAGUAGGAGUUUGCUGGGCAGAGCAGAAGGCAUUUGGCAGAGAGGACAGAGGCAGAGGGGCUUGGAGGUGGGAGGCAAGGGGCCAUAUGUAACUGGAGCAGAAGGUGGCUGGAAAGAAGAUGACUUGAUGGAAAGGAGAGUCUGGGUCAGUGUGGGUGAAUCUGGACUUUAUCCUGAGGUAGUGGGGAGCCAGGGAAGGUUUUUUUUUUUUUUAAUUGUUUGUUUUUACUGAUAACAUCAUAGUUGUAUAUAUCAGGGACAGUUUUAAGAAGGGAGUGACAUGGUCAGCCAGAAUGUGGUGGGCAAGUUGAAAAAGGCGUGUGAGUGAAGAGGCUGGGGCACUGUCCAGAUCAGAGAUGCUGAUGGCCUUGACAGGGCAGCAGUCCUGGAGAUGGAGGAAAGGACCCCUAUUCUAGAGCUGUUUGAGAGGCAGAAGGGAGACUGAAGGGAGGGUGGGGCGUGAAAGACAGAGGCACCCGGGACUGGCCUUGACAGCACCAACAGUGUCUUCCACAGAAGCUGGGAAUCUUUCCACAGCAGACCCAUAGGGUGAGGCGCAAGGCAGAGGGAAGGUUCCCGGGGAAGCCAGGCUGCUUCCCAAUCCUGGACCCUAAGACUAGUGGAGGCCUCUUGGACAUGGACACACACCUGCCCGCACAGAGGCUGCCUGGAUUUUGCUUUUGGUUCUAUCUCCUCACUGUGGCACCGGGGUUGAAACCAUUGUCCCCAUUGCAGCCACCGCCGCUGCGGUGGCCUGGCCGCAACUCACAUCGUGCCUGCAGGUGUCUUCAGGAGCCCCGGGGGCAGAUAGCCUCCAUAUACUUUAACACGCGGAAACCAUACCAAUGGCUGCGCUUCAGUGAGGACUGUCUGUACCUAAAUGUGUACGCGCCAGCGCGCGCGCGUGGGGACCGUAUGAUGCCGGUGAUGGUCUGGUUCCCGGGAGGCGCCUUCCUCGUGGGCUCUGCUUCCACGUACGACGGCUCCGAGUUGGCCGCCCGCGAGAAAGUGGUGCUAGUAUCUCUGCAGCACAGGCUCGGUAUCCUGGGCUUCUUGAGCACGGGCGAUAGCCAAGCCCGCGGAAACUGGGCACUGCUGGACCAGGUGGCGGCUCUGCGCUGGGUGCAGGAGAACAUCAUGGCCUUCGGCGGAGACCCAGGUUCUGUGACCCUGUUUGGCCAGUCGUCAGGGGCCAUGUGCAUCUCAGGACUGAUGAUGUCACCCCUGGCCCAGGGUCUUUUCCAUAGGGCCAUUUCCCAGAGUGGCACUGCUGUACUCAAAAUCUUCAUCACUCCUGACCCACUGAAGGUGGCCAAGGUGGGUGCCUCUCCUCCCCCAGGGCUCAGAGGCAGGAUGAAAGCACACCCAAACUUCUCUCACCCCUACCCAUUCUUCUCUCUACAGAAGGUUGCCCGCCUGGCUGGCUGCAACCACAACAGCACACAGAUCCUGGUCAAGUGCCUGAGGGCACUCUCAGGGGCCAAGGUGAUACAUGUGUCCAAGAAGAUGAUUAUAUGGUUUGUGAGUCCUGUGGUGGACGGCGUCGUGUUCCCAGAUGAUCCUGUGGUGCUCCUGACCCAGGGGCAAGUUUCACCUGUGCCCUACCUUCUGGGUGUCAACAACAUGGAGUUCAAUUGGCUCUUGCCUUAUGUCAUGAAUUUCCCUCUAAACCAGUGUGCAAUGAAAACAGAAGUCAUCACCAGGAUACUCUGGAGUACCAGCACUCUGUUGAAUAUCACCAAGGAACAGGUACCACUUGUGAUGGAGGAGUAUCUGGGUGACAUUGACGAGUGUGACUGGAAGAUGUUACGGAACCGUGUGAUAGACCUAUGUGGAGAUGCCACCUUUGUGUAUUCCACUCUGCAGACUGGCCGCUACCACCGGGAUGCUGGCCUCCCUGUCUACCUGUAUGAGUUUAAGCACCGCGCUCCUAAAGGCAUAAUUGUCAAACCCCGCACUGAUGGGGCAGACCAUGGGGAUGAGAUUCACUUCAUCUUUGGGAGCCCCUUCUCCAAAGGCCCUUCCACAGGUGAAGAGAAGGCUCUUAGCCUCCAGAUGAUGAAAUACUGGGCCAACUUUGCCCGAACAGGAAAUCCCAAUGGUGAGAAGCUACCCUGCUGGCCACGCUACGAUAAGGAUGAAAAGUACUUGCAGCUGGAUGUUAACACAAGCGUAGGUGUGAAGCUCAAGGAGCAGAAGAUGGCCUUCUGGACAAGGCUACAUCAGCCUCAAAGCCCAGAGUAGCAGAAGCAAUUCUGAGGGUGGCUAUGCAGAGGGAGCCAAGGGGUUUAUCCCACCAUCCAGGCCCUGGAGAGACUGGCCAUGGAUACAUCUGGGGACAAGAGUCCUGCCCACCCUAAUCUAGGACCUGCAAGAGUUCCCUACUGCCUUCAGACCAGAGCUGGAGCCUUAGCUGGUUGUUUGGGGCCCUGCACCCCCCUCCUCCAGCCUGAUGCCCCCACCUCAUUAUGUACAUCAGGUUAGCCAGGCCCUUUUGCCACCAUACUAUGCCCAGCUCCCAGCCUCAGGACAACCUCUUCUCUCCCUUCUCCAAGUCCUCCUACCCUUCAAGAUCUACUUGUAGCUCCUUCUUUUGGGAAGUCCACCCAGACUGCCACUGCCCCGUCAUUGCACCCAGCUUGUCAUUUACUGUCCAUCCUGUUCUACCUCAUUCCUGUACACAUUGGCCUUUGAGGCCUUGGGCAGGUUAUCUGUGACAUGGAGCAAAGCUUUGAUAGCUUGUGAUCUUCUCCCCCACCCACACUCAUCUUCCCCAGGGCCCCUCCAAAGCCUGCACACAGGGAUGGUCCUCAAUAAAGACACGUUGACUUGACCUGAAUUUCCCUGCCUAUAAAAUGGUUAGGUGAAGUAAAUGGUAUCUCAAUUUGAGCCCUUGGAAGAGGGGAGUGUUGCUGUCGGCCCCUUACUGGGCUGUACCUGCUAUGUACCUGCUCAGUCAAGGGGUACUGUGGCAAAGUUGCCUAGGUUGCAGAACAUUUGGCUUUUUUUUCCCAUGGUCUCAAGUUCACGCCUCAGGACAUCAGGACAGUUACACCCCUUGCUCACUUGUCCAUUGAUUUAGGUCUUAGUGCUGCAUCCAGACUCCUCACUUUUGGGGGCCUCUCCUGCAACCCAACCUGGGCACAUCCCAGCCUGUCCCACAAUU